CUACUACUACUGCAUACAAGCGAAUAUUUGAAACACUUUUUGAUCUUAUUAAAUAUUUUACUAGACAACUACCAAAAUUUAAGCAUAUUCACAGAGAUAGUUGGAGUUGUAUAAUUGGCGAUUUGGAUUUAGCACAGAUAAUUGGAUUAGGUGAAACAUUAGCUUUGAUUGAUAGCUCAUAUAAAAUAGAAUCUUUAUUAAUGGCAACAGCAGAAAAAGUAGAUAUUAUUUUUAAUAAGUUGCUGGCAUCAAAUGAAAAUAUUAUCG